AUAGCAAGGCAGAGGGUUCUCCAUGCUUCCUUCUCCCGCCUGGGUGCAGAGCAGCAGCCACAGUCCCUGCGCACCGCGGUGCCCAUCGGCAGAUGCCAGCUUCUGCCCAGGACCCAGCACAGCCCCUGAACCUGUCUGAGGGACACUGCCUGGCUCUGGACCUGCCCCUCAGUGCUGCAAGGACGUGCAGCUGCAGGUGAGAACCACUCCAGGAGCUGCCUGGACCCCAGGGAGUGAAGCAAAGGACAGGGUGACCCCAGCCAGCAUUACCUCUCUGUUGCCACCGCCACCCAGCCUGGUGCAGCCCAACCCGACAGCCCAGGUGCCAGGAGAGGCUGAGCAAUGGCCGAAGGGGACAUCACCACCUUCAGUGCCCUGACAGAAAAGUUCAACCUUCCCAUGGGGAACUACAAGAAGCCCAAACUCCUCUACUGCAGCAACGGGGGCCACUUCCUGCGGAUCCUCCCAGAUGGCAAAGUGGAUGGGACCAGGGAUCGAAGCGACCAGCACAUUCAGCUCCAGCUAAGUGCAGAGAGUGUGGGAGAGGUGUACAUAAGGAGCACCCAGUCUGGCCAGUACCUGGCAAUGGAUACCAACGGGCUGCUCUAUGGCUCGCAGCUACUGGGUGAGGAGUGCCUGUUCCUCGAGAGGCUGGAGGAAAACCAUUACAACACCUACAUCUCCAAAAAGCACGCGGACAAGAACUGGUUUGUAGGGCUGAAGAAGAACGGGAACAGCAAACUGGGGCCACGGACUCACUACGGCCAGAAAGCCAUCCUCUUCCUCCCACUGCCUGUCUCAGCUGACUAAGCCCUAUCCUGGGAGCUCAGAGAUGACCCUGACCCCCAAAUGCCAGCUGCCACCUCCUCCUUUUCUCUCAUUCUCUCUUUGGCUGUAGGACAGGGCCAAAUGUUAGAGCUCCAAGCUUUAGGCAAAGGCUUGACCCAAAAUAGACAAUGCAGAACAAACCUGUUCUGCACAAAGCUUUGCAGAGAUGAGAGGGGAGCCUCAGCACCCCACAAGCUCCAUCAGAACCCUUCAAGGUCCAUCAACACUCCCAGGGUCUAUCAGCAUCCCCCACCAUGGUCCAUCUGUAUCCUCAUUCCUCUGUAUGGUGCCUGCCAUGACCAUGCUGUAGCUCCCAGGGAGAUCACAAACCUACCCAGGGGCAGGCACCUAGAAAUGGGGUCAAGGACACCCCAAGGACAUUCCAGUUCCUGUCCCCAGUUAUUCUGAGGUAAAGCUUCCAGUGUUAACAUAUUUGUCCAUCCAAAUAUGUAGCUUCUCGUAUGCCCUUCAGGUUGCACCAUCAGUCAUAGUACUGAUGCUGCAGAGUGGUGAUGCAGUCUCCAUCCCUAGAGCAAUUCCAAACCCACCUUGAUGCCAUCCUGUACAACCUCCUCUAGGUGAACCAGCUUUAGCAGAGGGGUUGGCCUCAAUCUCCAGAGGUCCCUUCCAAUCCCUGUCAUUCUGUGAUCCUGUGAUUCUGCUUGCUUGAUGUCCUAGGUGUGUCAAGCUAAACUAGCUUCAUCCAAAGGCCCCAUGACAUCCCAGCCUCCCUUACGACAUGACUACAGCUCUACAUCGUGCUGCUCCCUGCCAUAUGUUAUUUGUAUUUAUUUAUUAAGUAAACAUGCCUCCUCCACAGCCUGGUCAUCAGUGAUUCGAGGUGCCAAAGCCCUUUGACCUUGUUCCAGACUAAGGUCUGAUGGUGUUGCAAGAAGGGGUUGCGUGAUGGUGGCAGUGCCUUGCCCCCUGUUCCCAAGGAACUUCCUUCCACGCCUCCAAUGCUGAACUAAAAGAGGGGCUAAAAUUGGCAUUGGGGCCCCCUGGUGACCACAAGUGGCACUGGGGGGCCUUGGUGACUCAAACCCUCCAAGAAGUUAGGUUCCUCCUCUCCUGACAUGAGGUAGACCUUCCAAGCAGCUCAAGAGUUGCUCCUGCAUGCUGAGAGCAUCACACUGACAUAUGUGGCUCAGGGGUGACCUCACUGCUGUCUACAACUACCUGAAGGGACAUUGUAGCCAGGUGGGGUUGGUCUCUUCUGCCAGGCAACCAGCAACAGAACAAGGGGACACAGUCUCAAGUUGUGCUGGGGGAAGUCUAGGCUGGAUGUUAGGGAAGUUCUUGACAGAGAGAGUGAUUGGCAUUGGAAUGGGCUGCCCAGGGAGGUGGUGGAGUCACCAUCCCUGGAGGUGUUGAAGAAAAGACUGAAUGAGGCACUUAGUGCCAUGGUCUAGUUGACUGGAUAGGGCUGGGUGCUAGGUUGGACUGGAUGAUCUUGGAGGUCUCUUCCAACCUGGUCAAUUCUAUGACUGUGGACAGGGACACACCACCAAUGCCUGCAGAGAAGAGCAUGCAAAGUUCCUCAAAAAGUUCAGAAACUGGAAUAAUACCCCAGCUCAGCUUCUCCUGUCCUCCUUAGGCACCUGCAGAUGCCUACAGCAACUAGUGGAGACAUGUCACCCCAAACAACCAUGGUCAGCACUUGUCUAAUCCCAAUACCAAUUCCAUUUUGCCCUGCAGUGAGUUUCCUCGGGUGCAGACAAGCCCAAAGUCCUUUAACUAACCUUUUUGUAGUGGCACUGCAUGAAAAAGUGAGAUGGGAAGAGGUUUGACUCCACUGCACCCAGGUGACGUGCUGUGGCUGUGGGUGGGGUGUAGGUGUGCUGUAGCUGGGGUGGCAUGGUCGAUGGGAUGCCUUCAGCAGCCAAGGAACCAAAGGGCUGCCAAAAGUCACAUCCAGCUCGGUCCUCCCUUUGGUCCUAGAUUGAAGUCUGAAGCUGUAAAUAAAACGUGACACAGGAGCAGAAGAAUAAAGGUCAGUAGAAAAUCUU